UCUUUAUCACACAUCAGACUUUUCCCAGUGGAGCUGGAGAACAGGCUUCAAUGAAAAUUGCCUGUUUGCAGCUAUAUGGAGAUUGCAGGCACCACAAUCACUAUUUCUUCUACCUGACCUGGAGCAGAAACUCCAUCAUCAGAAUAGAAAGGUAGCCUUGUUGCCUAGCAAAGGUGGGAUGAUUUAUCUCUGUCUCUAGAUUGGUCCCUUUUCUUUGCUGCACAAGAGAAUUGUUUUCAGACUUCCAAGGAGAUGAAGCCAGGCUAGAAAUCGGAGCGGAUGUGCGAGAGCUGUUCUCCCAGGGAGAAGAAGUCACAGUGUUUUUGUGGGUUUUGUUCCUGUGCAGAACAGGACAAUGGUUUUAUCUGCCCCAGUUAUAGCCCUGGGGGCUACAUUAGGAACUGCAACAAGCAUCCUUGCCCUCUGCGGUCUUACCUGCUUCUGCAAAUGCAAGCAACCUGGGAAAGGACUGCCAGAAAAGGACCAAGAGGAGGACACAGGAAAUGUUAAGCCCAGUGUGCUUCAGCCGGUCCAGCAAUUCAACGUUAAGAAAACUGCAGAGCCAGUCCAGCCUCGAGCACUCCUGAAGUUUCCCAACAUUUAUGGCCCCAAACCAGUAGUAACUUCACCUGAAAUUGUUAACUACACACAGUACUCCCUGAAGACGACAGAAGAACCAGCCACUGGAAAAUGUAUUGGUUUGGAUGAGAACAGGAUGAAGAUAGAAGUCAAUGAAGAGCUGUUUGUUCUCCCUCAAAACGGUGAAGACCUCCUUGCUAAAGGGGUUAUUUCAGUUUCAGGUGUAGUAAAGGACGUGUGUGUCACAGAGCACCUGAACCCCGAAAGGGCAGCCAGCUGUAACCAGGCCCCUGAGCUGCACUACUCUCUUGUGUAUGAUCAACAAAAAGCCGAGCUGCGUGUGGCCCUUCUGGAAGUUAUUCAUGGCAGAAUGAGUGGGGACCAAGACACUGGCUGUCAUUGCUACAUACUGGGCACACUGGUGAGCAAGUCCGGUAUUGUUGAGGCCCAGACAGAGCUGAAGAAGAAGGUGCUUCACACCCUCUGGGAGGAGGUCCUGAGGUUCCCGUUAAUGGAGGAGGAGAUGGCAGAGGGGACACUGACUCUAACCCUGAGAAACUGCGACAAGUUCUCCAGACACAGCAUUGUGGGGGAACUCAAACUGGGCCUUGCUAAUGUGGCGAAGUCAUUUGGGAUGGCACAGUGGGAAAGGCUGAAGAUCCCGGAGAAGGAGCCACCUACAGGGCAUGGGGAGGUUCUGCUCUCUAUCAGCUACCUGCCAGCAGCUAACCGCCUGCUGGUGGUGAUUAUUAAGGCUAAAAAUCUCCAUUCCAAGCAGCUGAAAGAUCUACUUGGCAAUGAUGUUUCUGUCAAGGUGACACUGAGGCAUCAGUCCUUGAAGCUGAAGAAGAAGCAGACCAAGCGUGCAAAACACAAGAUCAACCCUGUGUGGAAUGAGAUGAUCAUGUUUGAGGUGCCUCAUGAGCUCCUGCAUGCCUCCACUGUAGAGCUGGAAAUGCUGAGCCAGGAUGGUGCUGGGCAGAGCCACAUGCUUGGCAAGUGCAGCCUAGGCUUGCAUGUCACAGGCACGGAGAGAAACCACUGGGAAGAAAUGCUGAGGAACCCCAGGAGACAGAUCGCCAUGUGGCACCAGCUCCACAUGUAGGCUCAUCCUGACUAUUGCCAACCUGAUUUCCACCAGGCCUCUAAGACUGGAGGAAUAAGCUGUAUUUCACCUUUCACCUUCCCCUCCACAAAGCUGCUCAGCACAGCAUUUGUCUUACACUACCUUCUCUGGCUUUCCUGCCUGAUCCUAGCCCAGGAAACUGUCUGGAAAAUGUUUUUAAAGGACAGUCUGUCACCUAAUCAAGUAGUUCUCCCAAACAAAGGAUUCGACUGCUUGGAUGAUUUAAAUUAAUUUUAUUAUACUGCUCACUGCCAUUUCUGUGAGGUUCCUGUUUCUGUAGAAGAAUAGAGGGGACCAAAAGUAUCGUGGAAAUGUAAGCCACUGCUUGGUAUCAGAACUGUACCCAAGUCAGUUGGUGAGUGCUGGCUCCAUAAUCACAAAUAUGCAGCAAAUGUUUAACCAGUUGCUGUUUUUCAUAAUACUUUACAAGACUGUGAGAAAUUAAAAUCUCAAAACUAACUUUCAGUGCAGACCCAAAGUAUCAGUAUGAAAGAGAAAGUGAAGCCAACGCGCAGUAAAUGGAUACCUAGAAAAAGGUACAGAACCAAGGGAAAGAACAGAAGAUAGUCAACACUAUUAUCUCGUGUAGCCUUUGAAGAAAACAGUGCCAAACAAGAAGUCAAAUGCUUUCCUUCACUUAUGUUUCCCAGAGUAUUUGCUACCUUAUAUUUAGGGUUAAUGAAAACUGCUGAAAAUGUGAACAUUUCAGGAUCCUUUAGCAGAAUACCUGUGUCUUCUUUCUGCAUUGUCACCCAGGAAGACCCUAAAUGUGGACAAAUUUUUUUUUGUUGAUGUUAUGUCCAAAAACUUGGACCAAAUCUUUCUGCUUACUGUCAUCUUUUCUGUUCAGGUUUUUCUGAGCUAGAAAGUUUAAAAUACUCUAAUUAUAUUCCAGACAACAUCUAAGACUAGAUAGAAAAAAUGGGAUCAUUUCAUACCUUAGCAGUUGAUUGAUGAUUUUGGUUCAACAGUUAACUUUUGCACAUAAAGCCUCAUACCAGCACUACUCAAAGACAACCCCUAAGAACUUCCAUGUAUUUCAUCACUUCAGACAGAAGGAAUUCACUGACCAGACAGACUCUCCCGGGCUUGUUUUUUUUGUGUGCACUUUCAAGAUUUGAUAUGGCUUAAAUGUUACUGUUUACUGUCUUCUUUUUGUGUCUAGAUGGACUGAAAGUCUGGCAUUGACAGUGAUGUUAUGACCCCAUGAGCACACUGCUUUUCCUACCACUUUAUUUUAAGUAUUAGACACAACUUUAAGGGACUUGCAUGGAAAGACAUCCAAAGAUGUAAAGCCAGAACCCUAUAUUUUAAAGCACUGAAAAGCUCAAAGAACUUCAGUUUUGCAGGGUCAGUGUGAUUCUCUGUUUAAUCGGCUUUAUCUAGUAUCCAUCCCCUGUUGAUGACAUAUUCAAACAAGUCUAGCAGACUGUCAAGUGAAGGCUGCUAUCCUGUUGGCAAAGGGAAAACACUAGAAAUGGUUCUGAAAUCUGCCUGAAGUGCCAGGUGCAGAGGGCUAUGAAAAGGGGAAUGAAGUUCAGGUGGAAGUCAGUCACUAGAGGUGACUGGGGCUGGUAGUAGGACUGACACAGUUAAACAUCUUCAUAAAUGACCUGGACAAUGGGGCAGCGUGUGCCCUCUGAAAGUUUGCGGACAAUACAAAGCUGGGAGUAUUGGCUCAUACACCAACUGGUUGUGCUGCCCCUCAGAGGGACGUGGGGCAGCACAUCCUGAAGUUCAACAAGGAAAAGUGCAAAGUCCUGCACCUGGGGAGGAAGGAACAACCCCAUGCACCAUUGCAGGGCUGAGGACUGACCAUCUAGAAAGCAGCUUUCCAGAAAAGGUCUUGGGUGUCCUGAUGGACACCAAGUUGAACAGCUAGUAACGUGCUCAUGCAGUAAAGAAGGCCAACAGUGCCUUGGGCUGCAUUAGGAAAACAUUGCAAGGAGAUCAAAGGGUAUGAUCUUUCCUCUCUACUCAGCACUGGUGAGGGCACAGCUGGAGUGCUGUGUCUAGUUCUGGGCUCCCCAGUGAAAGAAAGAUGUGGAUUUACUGGAGAGAGUGCAGCAAAUGGCCAUGAAGAUCAUUAAGGAACUGGAGCAUCUCCGGUAGGCAGAAAGACUGAGAGAGCUGGGACUGUUCAGCCUAGUCAAGAGAAGCGUUGGGGUGAGAACUUGUCAAUGUGUAUAAAUAACUAAGCUGGGAGAUGAGAAAAGAAGAUAGAGGCAAACUCUUCUCAGUCGUGUCCAGCAACAGGACAAGAGGCAAGAGCACAAAUCACAAUACAGGACAUUCCAAUGGAACACACAAAGAAAACAAAUUAAAGAAACCUUUUUUACUGUGAGUGUGGCCAAACACUGGAACAAGUUGCCAAGAGAGGUUAUCAAGACUCCAUCCUUGGAGCCACUGAAAAUCUAAUACAGCACUGAACAAUCUGCACUAGUUUACCCCUCUUUGAGCAGGAAUGGAUUUGGCCAAAAUGAUCUCCAGAGGUAUUUUCCAUCCUCAGUGAUGCUGUAAUUCUGCAAAGAGAGAAUUCAAAAAUCAUCUUUACCGUGCAUUUCCCUUUCUAUGUGGUGUAGCCAGGAGUUACAACAUCUUUUUGAAGACAGUGAUAAAAAGAGCUUUGACCAAACAACUGGAAAAGCAGAGUAUGCCAAUGAAUUUUAUACCCAAGGUUUUAAUCUCCAAUAUUGCUCCACUGGCUAGAGGGGAUUUAAAGAAAAAGAAAAUUGACUUCUUGUUUUGCUCUGUGGAUUUUUUUUUUUAUUACAAAAAGCUGUAGGAUACUGUGAAUAAAAUAGGCAUGGGGUUUUAGUUGAUAGUGAAUUCUUAAUAGUUGCUAAGUUCAUGAUUUGCCUGUACAUAUUCCUAUAGAUUUAGAGUCUUUAUUUCCAUUUAAGCACAGAAUUCAUUGUGAUGUUGGCCUAUUCUACAUAUGGGUUCCUGGCAGUGCUGUGAUUCUUCCUUCAUUUUGAGACAAUGAUAAGAAGGAUAAAUUCAUGAUAUGAUGCUGUUUGCCUGGCACUGGAAAGCCUGAAGGGCCAAAUAUUUGCCAAGAGAUUUCUCUACUUCUGCCUCCUGUUCAUUUUAAUGAGCUUUUUAUAACAUCUUGGUGACUGAUUGUAAACAGCAUCAUCUGUAUCUGCCCCGGUGAUUUUGGCACACCCUGUAAUUAGAUAGCAAUGCUAUAGCUUCUAAAGGAAUAACCCCUCACAGUCUGAUUUUGCUGUGACAAAAUAAUGUCCGCUUUUACAGAAAAAAAAUAUGUGUAUACACACUACUUAACCACAAAUAUGUCUUAAGAGCAAAGCGGUGCCAGCAGUGUUAAAGAAGGGUGCUGUUCCCUCCCUUGCUCCAAUGGGAUUUCAAUGGGGAAGGGAGGAAGAGUGAAAGCUCACGCAUCUUUCCCAGGUGGGUAAUUUUUAUUGUCUGCCACUUUAGCCUGGAAAGAAUGUUUCUCACGUUCAGCCUGAACAAAGGCUGCCAGGUGUUUAUUUAAUGAGGCAGACAUUUGUUGUGCUAGGGCUGAAAGCAAGCACAGUUAAGGGUGCUGGCUGUCCUGGACAGGAGGAAUGCUGUGUACGUGUGGUACUGGAGGGGCAGGGACUCUCAACCCGAACCCUUUUGAACUCUGUUAAUAGGCGCUGUUUGUCAUCGCAUUCCAGUGCCUGCCCAAGGCCCUGCCCUUAUCCCUCCAAACCUCUUGUGUUGCCUGUUUAGCAAUGCUUGUAUGCCCCUGAGCCCCAGUACACAAAGGGCCGGAGGUGCUAAACUGGUCCAAGCAGACAAACUGCAGGGAGUUUUGUGGUAGAUGACAAUGUAAUUAAUAUAAAUGAAAAGUAUUUGGAAAUGCUCAAUGCUAUCAUAUCAAGCAGCUCCAGCAGCAUGAGUUGCAAAAGCAUCACUUAAGUGAAAUACGGCCAGAGAACAGAGCCAGAUAGCCCCAUGAUUUUCAGCUCCUGAAGCUGUAAAUACGGGAGCAUCAGAAACUCCACAAACGUGUCUUAAAGAGUGCUGCUUAUAAACUGCAUCCUAAAAGAAGAAGCAAAAAAACCUAAUUAUGGCAAUUAAUGUUCUUAAGCUAUGUGUGUGAUCAGAAAUAGCCAUUAGAUUCCCCAAUGGCUAUUCAGUGGUUGCACUGAUUAUUUUUCCUACUAACAUGAAGAAGCUGUAAGCAAAGAGACUGUAGAGAGGAAGGGAAAAAAAAGUGGGGAGAACAAUCUAUCUGGUCAGAAUGAACAAUCCUUUCCACAAAAGGGCCAAAGAGUUGUGAGGUUAAGGACAGGGUUCGCUGUUCAGUGAAGGAAACUUAACAACAUGACUACUGUAAAACAGAAUGAGAAAUGCAGCUCCCAUAUUGCAUCCAGCAUCACUGGGGAGAGGUGGUGUCCAGCUGUGGCCUCUGUUCAGAGGAGGGGACUGAGAAGCCAGAGGAAAUAACUUGUGACUACAUUAAAGAGUUACUUGGUUAAAAUAUAAAUUGUAGACAUAUGUUGCUUUGCCUCCACCUGCUCUCAGAGCUAGAUCUUCCCAGAGACAUGAUCUAGUUUUAUUUUAGGCAAUUUGCGCUACAGUAGAAGACAAUAAAAAGCACACAUCAUUGAUAGUCACUGAAACGUCCAUAGGGUGUUUUAAAAUCAUUACUACCUUCAGCCCCUUCCCCACUUGUAAGAGGGAGUAGUUGCAGCUGAUCUCCUGUAAGGGUAAUACGUUUUCAGUGCAUAGUUUUCCCGUCACUUCUUUUCCCAAAUAUGCUUGCAUGGUGAUAGGAACUGUAUUUGCUUUGCAAAGAGGUAAAGCAUCAGAAAUUAAUGGAAAAUUCCCUUCAACAGGACCAGGAAAAUUUUCAAGCUCAACUGCUGUCCCAAGCAUUAUCUUUCUUGCAACACUUUGAACAAAAGUACUUUGCAUUUUGCUAGCAUCUGUCACCACUAUUAUCUCACAGUAGUGUCCAAUGACACUCUUUUUCCAGAAUGGAGUAGGUUGUAAUUUGGGCUCUAGGAAUACAGCCCAAGGUUUGCCCAGCUUUUGCUGAUGUCUUAGAUGAGUAGAGUACAAUGACGUUUAGUAAGAUCUUGGAGCUAAAGUGGCUUGAACCACACUUCCUGCACUGCUUUGAAGGUCAGCUGGAAGUUUGAUUGAAUUGAAGGACAGAGCUUUGACAGCAUUUUUGUGUUUCAGAAUUUAGCAAAUUCUCAAAAUGUAUUUGGUUCAUUUGCUGAAAGAUAAGCAUGUUGAGUGAACACUAAUACUUGACACUUUAUGUUGUUUCUUUUGUUGAUAAUUAUCAAAUUACUUAAGAAUAGUAGCAAAUUGAAAUAGUGUAGCCUUCCAGCAUGAGAAGGCUUUUGGCUUACUUAGUCCUUUAGUGUCCCGGUGUGUUUAUUGACAUUGUUUAUCAAGAUUCUAUAUUGCUCACACAGUCCAAAGCACAAAAAAAGAGCAUUAGGCUCGGCCCUUGUGUCUAAUGUUACAGCAUAAUAUGUAAAUCACCACAAGUAAAUAAUU